AUGGCUGAUCAAUGUGGCAGUAGUGGUGGCAGUGUAGUGAGGGACUACAGGAAAGGGAACUGGACAGUGAGUGAAACAAUGGUGUUAAUAGAGGCAAAGAAGAUGGACGAUGAGAGACGAAUGAAGAGAAGUGGAGAGAGUAGUCAAGCAGAGAGAUCAAGCAAGCCAACAGAGUUGAGAUGGAAGUGGGUUGAGGAUUAUUGUUGCAGGAAAGGGUGUUUGAGGAGCCAAAACCAAUGCAAUGACAAGUGGGACAAUCUCAUGAGGGCUUAUAAGAAAGUGAGAGAUUAUGAGAGAAGAAUAGCUCAAAGAUCAGGAGGAGAUGGAAAUAGUACUGUUAGUGUUGAAGAGUCUUAUUGGAAACUUGAGAAGAAUGAGAGGAAAGAAAAGAACUUGCCUAGCAAUAUGUUGCCUCAGAUAUAUCAGGCUUUGGUGGAGGUGGUGGAGAAGAAAGGUGGUGGUGGUGGGUCAUCAGCUUCUAAUCCCAACAUUUGUUAUGUUGUUCAACCCUCAUUGCCUCCUCUAUUGCAACCUCAUCAAGUCUCAUGUUCAAUUCCAUUGUUACCCAUACCACCUCCACCUCCUCCACCACCACCACCACCACCACAACAACCACCAAUAGCACAACCAGCUGCUCCUCUCACUUAUCAUCCUCAUCAAUCAUUGCCCACAGUAGAAUCUGAUACAAGUGAGUAUUCAGACUCACCAGCAAAGAGAAGGAGAAGAGGAAGAGGAGAGGGAGAGGGAGGAACAAGUGGGACAUCAAAUACAAGCUCAUCAAGUCAUGAAGUGGGAAGUGCAAUCUCCAAAAGUGCUUCCAUAAUAGCAGAAGCAAUUGAGGCUUGUGAUGAGAGACAAGAAAGAAGACAGAGAGAUCUCCUUAGUCUCCAUGAGAGAAGACUCGAGAUUGAAGAAUCCAAGAAUGAGAUCAACAGGCAAGGCAUGAAUAGCUUAGUUGAUGCCAUUAACAAGCUUGCUAAUUCCAUCCUUGCUUUGGCUUCCCAUAGCAAGAACCAAUCAUCUUCAAAAUGAUCAUAAUAUCCAACAUAGACCAAUUAGAAACUCUCCAUUAAUAAUUAAUCCCAUCUGGGCUGCACAUAAUUGUCCAUUUUGGACUUCAAUUCUUAUGAUCAGGACUCAGGA